AUGUUUAUUAGAUGGAGCGCUGUCCUCACCUUGGCCGUGGCCGUUUGCGUCGCCUCCCCUAGGUCGCUUCUGGAAGGACAAGCGAAGCACCAAGGCCGCGGCGAUGCAGAAGGACGCCAAUCGCUCCCGGAUUUUCAGGUGUUCGACGAUAUGCUAAAGGCUUUGCGGGAUAUGCAAGACAUCUACUUUCAGCGUUGGGUUGGCACAUGGCCUCAAGGAAUCGACUGGACCCGGGCUGUUAUGGGUACCUAUGUCGCCGCCGCACUCAGAACCAUUUCGGACCAACUUGAACAGGGCAGCCCGCAGAGCGAGCCCUUCGCCUCCGCCAUAAAAUAUGGAGAUCCUAUAUCAGGGUACUUUACCGAUUUGAUUGCCUACUAUUUCGGUCAAGACGCUUUCGCCAUCCGCAACCAGGCACACGACGACAUGCUCUGGGUUGUGUUGGGUUGGCUUGAGGCCAUUCAAUUCAUCGAUGGUCACAACUCUCUCAUAGGAAUGGGACCUGUCGAGUUAUUCCAGGACGAGUCGUGGUACGGAAACCGCUGGGUGCCUGCAUUUGCCCACCGAGCCAGGAUAUUCUGGGAACUGGCAGCCAAAGGCUGGGAUACCACUCUCUGCGGAGGAGGCAUGAUCUGGAACCCUCGCCUGCACCCUUAUAAGAACGCCAUCACAAACCAGCUGUUCAUUUCCGCAUCCAUUAGCAUGUUCCUCCAUUUUCCCGGUGACCCUAAUCCCUCUCCGUUCGACGCCACACCUGAUCCAGACACGCCUUACCGCCAUACAAGGGUCGGGUGGCGUCCUCACGAUCCGAUAUUCAAGAUAUCGGCUCUGAAGGCCCAUGAAUGGAUUGUUUCAUCUAACAUGACCAAUUCCCAGGGCUUGUAUGCGGAUGGUUUUCACAUUUCGGGUUACCCCGGUGGCAACAACACCAAGUGCGACGAUCGCGAUGAGAUGGUGUACACAUACAAUCAGGGUGUGCUCCUUUCCGGCCUCCGCGGACUGUUUCAAGCCACCGGCCGGGAAGCCUACCUUCGGGAGGGCCACACGCUGAUCCAGAACGUGAUCCGCGCUACUGGGUACGAUCUGAAACGAAACAAGCCCAUCGACGACAUCAGGAACCUACUCCCCGGACAGAUCCCGCCUUGGCGCGGACUAGGCAGGGCGGGAGUUCUGGAAGAUGCGUGUGAUAUAUCGGGCAUGUGCUCGCAAGACGCCCAGACAUUCAAGGGCAUCUGGAUGCACCAUUUCACUGCCUUUUGUUCGCCGGCCCUGCUAGACCACGUACCGCCCGUAAGCUUCAAACUAAGCGAGGACGCAAUGAACAAUCUGAGAGCGCGGCAUGCGCGGAAUUGUGUCAGGUACGUUGGCUGGUUGAGGCACAAUGCUGCAGCGGCCCUCGGGACAAGGGAUAUGAAGGGCAGGUUCGGGAUGUGGUGGACCCCUGGCCUCCCAGAGUUGCGAGGCCUUGCCUCGGGAAAUAUGCAGCUUACCGAGGAAGCGCUGCCGCCCGCCAACGGGCAGGACGGAAUUAUCGAUUAUCGAAAUUUUGGGGUUCCCCAGGACAAGGUUUGGGUGGGGCACUUGGAGGAGGAGCACGACAACCCGGUCAUGAAUGAUGAUGAUGAUUAUGAUGAUGACGAAACUCGCCAACGGCCGCUUCGGGGGAGGCAACCCAGAACUGGUGCUGCUGCUUCUUCUGCUGCCGCCACUGCUGCAAACAAGAAUCCGGAGGGUUGUGAGGUUGAUGGCAGCGACCCGAACUGUCGCGGGCGAGGCAGAACGGUUGAGACGCAGGGCGGCGGGCUGGCAGUGCUUAGGGCGUUGUGGGAGGUUUCCAAGCAAGUUUCAUAA